GGAAUCGAAAGCCAGAGCGAGAGUAUUCUAGGUUUCCUGCUUCUCGAUCAACUCUUUCUCUCUCUUUCUUGAUUUCACAGUCUCAGUGUCUCUCAUGGAUGAAUCCGAUGCACAGAUCACCGAUGGGUUCCCCGUCGGGAUGAGCGUGCUCGCCGUCGAUGACGAUUCCGUUGUUCUUCGGACGCUCGAGCUGCUGCUCCUCAAGUGCAGGUACAAAGUCACUGUAUCUCAUAAUGCGUUUGAAGCUUUGGACUUACUAAGAGCGAACAAAGAUGAUUAUGAUCUUGUGAUUAGUGAUGUUAACAUGCCGGACAUGGACGGGUUUAAGCUUUUGGAGAUAGUGGGCCUUGAGAUGGACUUGCCUGUUAUUAUGCUCUCUGUUGACUGCGAUGUCAAGAAUGUUAUGAAAGGAAUAAUGCAUGGUGCAGUGGACUAUCUUGCCAAGCCUGUGAGGCUUGAGGAGCUGAAGCUUAUCUGGAAACAUGUGGUUCGGAGAUCACUUAAUGAAAAAAAGGAUCAAAAUGUUACUAAUAAACAACUCGGUCAUGCAACUAAGUCAGAAGAAGAUCAAAAAUUGCGCCACACAAAAAAAUGCAAGGGUCAUAAUAAGGAAAGUGAUAAUGAGGUUUGUGCAGACUCCGAUGAAGACAUGAAUCCACAAAAGAAACCAAGAGUUACUUGGUCACCAGAAUUGCAUGUCAAAUUUAUAAAUAUUGUAAACCAAUUGGGCAUAAGCAGGGCAGCUCCAAAGAAGAUUCUUGAUAUGUUGAACAUCUCGGGACUCACCCGAGAGAAUGUGGCUAGUCAUUUACAGAAAUAUAGGAAAGGCUUGAAGAAGAAUGCAAGUGAGCGUAGCCAGCAGUUUUUCAAAAAUUCCAGAACAAGUCCUUAUAGCGGAAGCUUCCUUUCAAUGACGGCUAGCCAACAAAGAACAGCUUUCUGUUCUGUCGACAGAUCCCGCUCAAAUUUAUACAAAAAUAUAUCUUUAGCAUCCUCACACCAUCCUGCUCAGCAAUCUUGUAACGGCUACUCGCAAGUGCAAUCAACAUACUUCUCUCAUUCUCCGACCCAGCAAAAUAAUUUCUGCCAACAAUAUAUAAUGAAUCCCCAUGCAGGCCAAGCUGAAACUCAACACCUAACCCUCACAAAAAACUCUAAUUUGAUGAAGGCAUCAACUCAAGUUUUAAGUUAUCAGUCUUUUGCUCCAAGAUCAAGUCCCCUUGACUGUAAUGCACAGAGUUUUUCUCAGAAUUCAGAUUACCAGAUAGGGCAUGCUCUGGACCAUCAAACAGUUGAUAUGUUAGUCAGCAAUAACCUAUUGGAUAACUACCCUAUUGAACUAGAUGCAGUACAACCAUCGGAACAGGAGCUGCAGCAGUUUAGUUCUUGCCUGGAGGCGAAUGUUGAAAUGGGAGCAGAUUUCAACUGUGAUUCACCGGGUAUUCAAAGUUGUGACCAUGAAGAUUACAUGGGAAGCGGACCUUUUAAUUUUACAGUCGGUCCUGUAGAACAAUUUUUAGAUGAAAUAGCAUUUGCAUUUAACAAGGUUGAACACACAGAUGAUCUACAUGCAGCACUCAAGCAGUUUCGGCGUUAGAAUAUUUGCAAGGAGGCUCUCGAGGGAAUUGUAUCAGUGGAGGUGAAUUUUUCUGCUCUUUUAUUUUUUCUGUCAAGAUGCGAUGAUGACUGCUUGUGCUCGACAAGCCUAAAUUGCUCUAACGGUAAAUGCUCCUCCAAUUUUGCUGAUUUAUGUCCUGUUGAUGAUCUCAGCUUGUGGAUUACUCCUUUGGAUCAUUAGUUUCAGAGAUUUUGUCAAAUGAAUUGUUAGUAUUAAGGUUUGACUUCAAACUCUAAUUUUCUGUAAAAAUUAACUCCGCUGCCUUAUUGAUUUUUAUUUUUU